AUGGGCGGCGACGCGCUGCCGUACUCGCAGGGUCUCGGGCUGCUCGCCCUCACGCUGGCCGUCUACUAUGCCCCUCCCCUCGAGCGGACGCCCCUCCACCAGACCCGGGUCGAGGUCCUCUUCUGGCCGCUCGCCUACGCGUUUGGCGCCUACAUCCACCUCUGCCUGCCGACUUCGCCGCUCAUCGCGGUCGGCAUCGCUCCGGAGCGCCCCUUUGCCGCGGCGAUGGUGGGCUUCGCCGCGCUUUUUGGUGCUGCGACGCAGCAGCGCCGGCGCCGCGAGCGCCUCAAAUCGAUGGCCGCCCGCAUCGACCUCGACCAGGGCCUCGCGCUGACGCCCUCGGUGCGGGCCAGGGUGGCCACCUUGCGGAUUCGCGACCUGCUCCAGCAGCGCGCGGGGCUGCUACACGGCCUCCUCGAACCCUUCUUGACUGGCACAAGGAGCGACCUCUGCGACGCGCUCGCCGAGGUGGCCAAGGGCGGGCCGGCCGACCUCGUCUCGCUCAUCCACUCGACCGAGGUGGACCUCGGCGUGCUCAUCCAGCACGGGCAGGAAGGGGUCGCCAAGAUUCUGCGGCAGAGCGUGCAGAUCAUGGGCGUGACGGAGAAGGCGACGCUCAUCGACGCGUUGCAGAGGCAGGAGUCCGACUUUAGGGCCAACGAGGAGCUGCAAGAUUGCGCGCUCGACGCGCUGCGCAGCACGCACGGCGCGGAGCUGCUGCGGCUCAAGAAUCUGCUCGACUCCGGGGGCGACGUGUUUAGCCUCCACCGGCUCGUGUACCUGGACAUGUCGGAGGAGAAGCGGAGGGUUGCGCUCGCGCACUUCCAGCGCGAGGCCGCGGUCUGGGCCCAGGCGCGCUUCAUCAAGGGCAUGCCCGCCGAAUCGCUCUACCCAGAGCGUUCCUCGACGGGCAGAGACGCCGGCGCGGUGGCCGGCCUGCGCACUGCGCGCAAGCCAAUCAAGAUCCUCUCCGACAUCGACGACACGCUCUUCUCGUCGGGCGGCCACUUCCCGGCGGGGUGUGACCGUCGCAUUCCGCGGCACGAGUACUACCCGGGGCUGCUGCAGCUCUUUCGUGAGGUCGAGGCGGGCGCCACGGCAGCGGGAGCAACGCCCGACGCCGAUAUCAAGGCGAGCCAUCGGACGCCGGAGAAGAAGGCAAAAGAGGGUCGUGCAUCGGAGCAAGAGGUGACUUUGUGGGUCCGCGAGCGGUGCGCGGGGCAGACCAGGCAUGAGGCGAGCGGAUGGGAGGAGCGCGUGCUUCCCGCCGACUCGCCGCUCUCCUCGCUCGCGGCGAGGCUGCUCACCACAGGCGGCACCGCUCACGUCGCCUUUGCUCGGCCGCCCAGUGUUGGCGAGGCCUCGCCGAUCGCUUUUCUCUCCGCAAGGCCGCACGCGUACAAGGACUACACGGAGGCUGCCUCAUACCGCACCUUCAGGCUGCUCCACAGCCGCGGGCAGAUCUCGUGCGUGCCCACCUUGCUCGCGGGCGAACUCCGCUCCUCGAUGGGAUCGAUGCUGCUCGCCAUCGGGGAGAUGCUCUCGAGAGCCGCCAAGAGCACCCCCUCGGCAGCUUGGGCCAGCGUUGGCCACGCCAAGGCCAAGACGUUUGCCGAGUACACGCGUCUGUACCCUGAGUGCGACUACGUGCUGUUUGGAGAUAACGGCCAAGGCGACCUCCUGUGCGCCGAGCUGCUGCACAAGAGGGCGAGCGACCCGGCGCUGGCGGGGGACGCCGCGUCUCCCAUCUCGGCUCCACGCACUAGCUUCAUGCAGCUCGUCAAGCCCGUGGAGCAGCAGCUCAGCGACCUCCCCGCGGGGACCGAGACAGGGGAGCGGCAGAAGCGCUGGCGGGACGCCCGCAUCUGCUUUAACCACACCUACGCCGGCGCGGCGUGCGAUGCGCAGCAGCACGGCCUCAUCAGCAUGGAGGGGCUGUCCCGUGUGGCUUCCACCGCUCGCAAGGACCUCGACCGGAUGCAGAUCGAAUAUCGCGACUCGUCGCAAGAUUGGAGCAGACGAGUUGAGGAGCUGAAUGCCGACCUGCGCAAGUGCAACGCCGUGCUGCCCUUCGAGCUGGCGGUGCCUGAGCUCAAGCCACGUGGCACAGCAAGUCUCGCGUCGGGGUCAUCGACCGUGCAUCUGGCACUGCACAGGUGA